GUCACAUCCAACCCUUAUCACCCCUUCCUCCCAUCCAUCGUCACCACCUCCAUCACCUCAAUCGCACCCAACCCACCAGAAUCCCCGACCAACAGCCCCAUCUCGCGAUCAAUCGCCACCCACCAACCCGCAACCAUGGCAAUCUACAGCUCCGUCCCCCCUCCUUCCCAACAACCCUCUGUCGACAUCGAAACCUGGACCCUCCACGCCCUCCAACAUCUCGACAUCACCCCCCUCCAAAUCCCCCUCCACGACGACCCCGUCACCACUGCCCCUACCCCAACCCCAAAACCGCGCACCGCCACAACCACAACCACCAAACCCAAACCCGCACCCCCCAAACGCCGCGAACUCGCCGAAAAAGGCAAAGAAGGCAGCCGCCGCCGCAAGCGCUGGGAAAACGACCGCCUCAUCGGCGUCCCCGGCGUCGUCGCCCCCUCAUCCCGCGAUUGGGAAGUCCACAGCACCAGCCCCGUUCGUCGGGUGCCUUACUACCUCGCCCCUUUGUGGGAAAGCGUGGCUGAAUCCCGGCGCUCCAAGAACAAGGCCGAGAAGGAAGAGGAGAGGGGUCGUGUGCCUAGCGAGCUGAAGGAGAGGAUUCGGAGAGGGAAGGUGGAGGGGGAGAUGCUGAGACAUCUUGAGGGGGAGGUUAGACGGUUUGUAGUGGAGUGGGAAGAUGCGGUGCGUUCGCGCGUCGAGGACUCGCGCGCCGCAGACGCAGAAAGCAGCGACGAGGAAGUCGUGUUCGUAGGCCGCGACCUGUCUGCGCGCACGAUGCGCGAGAGAGAGGAGGAGCGCAGAGCGAAAGUCGAAAGGGAGAGGGAGAGGUGUGUGUUUGAGGCGCGGGUGGGGGAUAGGGGCGGGGCGUUGGGGAGGUACUUGGUGCAUGCGUUGGCGGGGUAUUAUGGGUUGAGAAGUUGGAGUGUUACGGUUGGGGGGGGGAGGAGGGCGGUGGUGGGGAUUAGGGGGGUGGUGGGGAUUAGGGGGGUGGGGGGGGAGAUGCCGGGGCCGUUGUAUGCGAUGGUUUAGAUUUCUGUGUGGAUUUCUGGAAACAGGGUAAAAAUGGGUUAGAGGGUUAGAGUGUAUAGAUGUUAAGAUUGUUAUGGCUUUGACUUAUCGUUGUUGUGUGAUGGCAUGGCAUGUAGAAUGAGAAUUGGUCACGGAAGACAGUGGAAGUUAGGAGAGAUUCUAGGAUUUGCACUCGAUGCAACCGCUAUUCUAAACCUGACUUCAAACUC